AUGACGCUGCCUAUUCGCGAGGAGUUUGUACUAGCAGAAUUCGACCGCCGUUGCAAGGCGGGUCUGAUAUUCUACGACGAUAAGCCCGAAAUCCACACAUACACAUAUGGCGACUUCCAGUUCGAAUUUGCCAUCACAGAGGCUAUCAGCAAAAAGCCGUAUCUUCAGGAUAAUGAGCAUGAGCCCGUCACAAAGGCGAAAAGACCUCCUGGGUAUGCUCCUGGGAGUGACAUUGAUAUCUCAGGCUAUGAGAUCGGCGACGUCAGCAGAACACACAUCCUGGCCUUCAACAAGUACUGCAUGUACAGGCCCCAUUUGCUUCUCUUGACGAAGGACGGGUACAAGAGACAGUACGACCAUCUAGAUUUGGACGACAUGCAAUCAGCUUGGAAUGCACUCGAGGCGCUCAACUGGAACUACUUCGUGUUCUUCAACUGCGGAAAGGACGGAGGAUGCAGCAGGUUACAUAAGCACCUGCAGCUCGGCCCUUACCUAUCAGAUCGUCUUGCACCAUGGCCGUCAACGUCCAGGGCUCCCCGCAAUAUCCCGUACGAAUACGUCCUGAGGCGGUUCGAUCGGUCUCUGGGUCCGAAGCAGCUCAUCGAUAUUUACAGAAAGAUGAUAGGACAGGCCAAGGAGAUCCUGGGGUUGGAGGCUACUGAGGCUCAUGUUCCCCACAAUCUUAUGAUGGGUAAAAGCUGGAUGAUGGUCAUCCCUCGAAGAAAAGCACACGUUCGAGGUGCCUACUCAAAUACUCUGGGCCUAUUCGGAAUGGUCUCGGUUGCUAAUCACGAAGAGCUGGGGCGUUGGGUGGAUCAAGGCCCAUUGAAAGUAGUGGAGCAGCUCGGUGUACCGAGGCAACCGGCCGCAACAGAUUGA